AUGGCACCAAACAUCAUACGGCCCAGUCAAAUGUUGAUAUUCAACCCGGCCGGCAUGUGCUACGUGGAACAGCCGCGACACCAGGCGAUCGUCGCUGAGGACGACGGUGACUUCGAGCCGAUGUCGCCGAGACCGUCGCCGCCAGCCAAGAGGACGUACGUGAAAAACAUAUCGCCGGAGGAGAAGAUAUUGCGCAAGUGAGUCCGUGUGGAAAAACGAAUAGAUAAUAUAUUAGUCAUAUAUUUAUCACCUACCCGCCACCCUAAUUGCGUUCACCGAUCGGCGGUGCCGCAGAAACGCAUCCACCGCGCAAGACGCAACGUGUCGUGUCGGCCACAUUGGCACAUUUUCCGUGGGACGGUGGUAGAGGGGGGGCCUCACGAUAGCGCCCGUGCGCGUGCGGGCGGCCGGGACAGGCCUUGAGUGCGAAGCAGCAGUAUAAUAAAUUGAUAAAUAAUAUUAAAAUUCGAAUCAACAUUCAACGCCUACAUUGUGAUUGUACAGGAUGUUGCGAUUCGGGAGCGAUAUAGAUAUUUUUAUUCAGGAGUGUUUUGUCUACGGCUUUGUCCCUGCGCCACAAUCUCAAUAUUAUAUUAUAACAGUUCUCGCGGUAAUUGUACUGUAAUAUUAUUGUUAGAAUAUUAACCAGUAAAUAGGUCGAAUGAUAAGUCGUCCGGAUCAAGUGGGGGCCCCCGAGCUAUCCAAAUAUAAUUAAUAAUAAUAACGCGUACAGAGGAAUAAUAUGUGAUUUGGAAUUUAACUCAGUUCGUGCGUUUUUGGGAAACCAUGGCCUCAGAGAGACGCUCUACUGUGUAGCUGUAAACUGCGAUUCGGUACGAUGUAUACGAACGCGCACUCGCGUAAUUUUUUUUACUGUUCGGACUCUUAACCGGUAGUUGAAUUUCGUAAAUAAAUUAUUAUUUGUAAUAAGCAAUAAUAACUAUAGAUAAUAAAGCAAUGGAUAUUAACCAGCUAUUGUGGCCACUGUCCGUUAUAUAGUUUUGCGGUCCCAUAAUACACGAUAGGACAUUUAGACCAUUUGUUUACACUAAUUCACUAUUAUAAUUUUUAUUUUACAUUUCAAUCAAUAGAAAUUAACACUACACGAUUAUUGAUUUGUAUUAUGUAAAAUUAAAAACAGUAGGUAUGUCUAGACUAUUACCUAUUAAUUAUGAAUUGUAAUAUUGUCAAUCAAGUAGGUACUGAGAAACAAAUAACAAGUGACGUAAAUGAAAGAAAACACUUUACUAAUCAUUAAUUUUUUUUUUUUUUCGUAUUUGAACAUUUUCAACCGACAGCAAUUAGGCUCGAGGCAUCUGUUUUCACAAUACUUGACACUUAACACUGCCCACAUCGUUUAUUGAACAAUUACAGCUAAUAUACUUAUUUAAAUCAUUAAAAUAAUUUAUUAUAAGAUACUGUUACACUAUAACGUAACAUACAAAUGAGCAGUGAUGGUUUUACGGGAGGGGGGGGGGGCUGAAAGUCCAAAAUUGAAUAUAUUAUUAUUGAUGUAAAAAAAAAAUAAUUUUAUCUUUAUUAGUUUUCAUUAUAUUUUUAGGUACCUAAUAUAUUAUUACCAAAAUCAUUAGGAGUAAUAAAUUGAUUCAUGAAAAAAAAAAAAAAAAAAUUCUUAUUUUGUAAACCAACCAAAAAAUGGCUAAAAAUGGGUCGAUCCCGAUUACCGAAGUGGAACUAUUGUUGAAAUAAAAUAAAAUUGUUAGAUGUCAGAUCUCUUUGUAUGUAAUGGCCAAUAAGUACUAUUAAUCCAUAUAUUAAUCACGGUUUAGAAUACCUACUGUCCUCGGGUAUGUUUAUUAGUAUAAUAAACAACAGCUAUGAUUAUGUAGAUGUAAUAUCUACAAUAUGUAGAUUCUACAUGUUUGUGUAGGUAUAAAUGGACAACACGUUAAAACUCGUUUUUGUUGCCGUUUAAUUAUAUCUUAUAUGAUUAAAGUAUUAUUUUACUAUUAUUGGUUUACAUUUUUAUUGAAAUUUAAUUACGAGCUAUAUUUAGAUUUCAGAGAAUAAUUUUAACAUUAAAUUUUUAAACGCUUUUAGCAAUUAGCUUAUAAACCUUGGGGGGUUUGAGCCCCAUUGUAACAUUAAAUUAAUGUGAAUAUCGGGAUCUGCCUCAACAUUGAGGUAGUUUCAGAUGAUCCAGGAGGGCUGAGUCUUCUAGUCCUCCUAAUUGCGUCAUUUGCGUGUCGUUUCAAUUACGUAUGUAAUACAUCAACUCGCUGAACCCUGAAUAGAUUAGAACUUAAAUAUAUUUACUGAAAAUAAUUAUGGUUUAAUAUGGAACAUUAUUAUUUGAAUGGGUUUAUUUUAUUUUAGAUUUUGAGUGUAGCGAAAAAUGUAUUGGUUUUAUAAAGACGAUUUUUUGUGACAAAAAUUUGAUAUGUACGUGUGGCACCAUUUUUAAAAUGGUGAAAUUUUUAGACUAAACAGAAAUGCUUGAUAAUUUAACUGGAUAUUCAUUAAAAUAAGUCGUACUUUGUGAUCAAACCAAAAAAUACGAGUUAAAUGUAGUAUAUUCUUUUUUAUACAAAUAUUAAUACUGAAUUUGACGAAAAUCCUUGAUGCAUUUCUAAUGGGUGCAAUAUUCUUGAAUCAUUAAUUCAAUUUGAAACAUAAAUUUACAAAAAUAAAUCAAUCGAUCGUAUUUCAGCCGAAAAGUCAAAACUAAUGGUUAUCAACUUGUUAAUUUCUUAUUAUUGUUUCUAAUCAGAAAAAGUUGAGUUUGAAAACUUUGAUCAAAAAUUAAAAGAACGUGCAAAUCUUAAGUUAUAAUUCUGACACAGUUUUGAAUAAACAAAAAAUAAUUGAACGACCAAAUUUUGAACACAAAAUACAAAACUAACAAAAUAUAUAAUCUUAUUUAAAUAAGUUUUAAAUUAUUAUUAUUUCAACUAUUUAUAAUUAUUUCAAUUAUUCAGUUUUCAUUUUAGAUUUUGAGUAGAACGAAGAAGUUUAUGGUUUUACAACUGUUUUUUGUGUGGUUAACAUUUAUACCAGGGAUCUUGCUCCGAUGUAUACGACGUAGCAACUUUUCUGAAAGAAAAUUUUGUUGGGUCUUUAAAGAGGUCAUUUUUUUGAUUUUCUCCGUAGUUUUCCCAACAAAUGUGAAAAACUGGGUAAAAACAUAGACAAAACGGGGAAAUUGAUACAAUAUUAAACAAACAUUAGUUAAGAAAAUACAAUAGGUAAUACCUAUUUAAUUAUUUUACCACAAUAUAACAUAAUAUAUAUUAUUGACAAAGCAUCACUAUCAACUGAAUUCCGCUCAGAAUAGUUUUUUCGUUAGCAAUGGUCUAUCGUUGUUUACGUACAGAACUUACCUAACAGUUGACAAAGAGUUAAGUUCAGGAGAGCAAUCGUUCCUAUCGCCCCUCCCCCCUAAAAACCGCCACUGUUUAUAGGUAAACAGUAAUAUUUUCGGAUAAAAAUAAAUACUACUGGCUGAAAAUUGAAAUACUUCGAUUGAUUUAUUUUAGAUUAUUUUAUGCGAUAUAUUGUACCGAUAGAAGUACCUACCUAAUUUCAAUUUUUAAACAUUCAUAAUAUUAAGUGUUAGGUGUUUAAAUAAACACCAUUUAAUAUUAAAUAAUAUUAGUCAUACAAUUAUUUAGGUUUUAAUUAUUACUUAUUAUAAUUUUUUUCAGAAAAUUACGUAACAGAGAAGCAGCACAACUAUCAAGAGACAAAAAGAAAGCACAGUUUAAUAUUUUAUCUGGAAUGGUUCAUGGCUUAAGAAAAGAGGUGUGUAUAAUUUUAGAUUCUGAGCUCGGCAAAGAAUGUAUUGGUAUUACUAUGUGUGCCUUUCUUUCAGCCUGUAAGCAAUUUUUUUACCAGAAAACUCCAAUCAAAAAACGACAAGAGAUCUUUUAUAGCGUUUAGGUCGGUUAAGAUCUAAUUGGUGCAUUGACAAGGUCAUUUUUUGACUUUUGUGUAGUUUUCAUAAUAAUUGAGAAAAGAAAAAAAAAAAAUAGAAAAGUUUAAUAAAAUAGCGGUUUUGACGAUUUUUUUUAUUUUGUUCUUUUGAUUUUAAUUUGGUUUAAAAUAAUUAGAAACCUGAAAUUUAUCUAGACACAUCUAGUACAAUAUUUAAAACAUUCUGAUGUAUUUAGUGGUUUAUAGGCUUAUGGCCUUUAAAUCGGUAGUUCAAAAAUCGGCUAUAAAUAUAGAUAGGUAUUUGAAAUUUUAUUCGAUUUUUUAAUGGGAUUAAAUUAUCUUGGCUGAUUCGAAAUUCGUUUAAAAUAUUACAUAUUGUUACAUAUCAUGAGUUAUACUUAUUGUUAAAACAAAAUUUAAAUUUCAGUGUUUCAAUUAUAAUGAUAAUCUUAAAAAAAGUGUUAAUACUAGGGAUGGGAGCGGCCACUGUUGUAGGUGAGAAGUUUGGAAGGUAGGAUAUUUAAGGUUAUUUAAGGUCAUAAGGUUAUUUCAUUUAUAUCUGUAAGCAACGAUAAACUAUCUUGGCGAAAGAUAAUUCCGAUCGAAAUUUGGUAAUACAAAAUUUUUGCGAUUUUCGUUUAAAUUUGAUUUCAAAACGUUUAUUAAAAAAAAAAAAGUCUUAUGAUUUUGGAAAUUUUACCACGUCUAGGUAAGUCCAUAAUAAGUAUUAUCAUCAAGUUUCAAGCCUCUACGUGUAUUUAUAACCGAAUUACAGCAAAGAACUCCUAAAAAUUAAAAUUCCAUAAUAGCUUAAAAGUUUUGACAAUAAUACGGUUAGAAAGUAAAACAAAAAGGCAACAAAUAAGAUGUCCUUUUCUGGUAGAAAAUGUCCUUGUUUUUAUAAAAUAAUGAAAUCGUGAAAUUAUACGUUUUCCUACGUUUUUUUCCCACUUAAGUGCUUUUAUUUAAAAAAUGGCGCCGAAAAUCAAAAAAUGACCACUAUAAAGUAACAUCUAGACAACUUGAGCUUUCAGAAAAGUUGCUACACCUAAAAACCGGAGCAAGUAUUUUAGGAAAAAAACGUGUUCACAGACUAGAACAAAGAAAAAAGAAAAAAAAGAAAUAAACAUCUUAGUAGUAAAACCAAUAGCUCUUUCGCUACGCUUGGAAUCUAUAACCACAUAAUGUUGUGAAGUAUUUUUAGAAUUUUGUGUGAAUAUAAUUUGCUGAUGUACCUAAAAUUUUUGAAAAUAUAACACGAGUUUUAUCAUAAGAUAUAUUUGAUGGUAAAAAAAUAUAUACAUGUAUGAGCAUUACAAGUAUCUGACAUUUUGGAAUAUUACGUUCUGGAUUACUGCUGUCCAUAAAUAAUAUGUAAAUAAUUUUAUGUUCCGUAUAAUUGCGGUCCGGAAAAUUACAGUUGGCUGAAAUAUUUUCGGAUAAAAAUAAAUAAUAUAAGCUCAAAUAUUGUUCGGUCGAAAUACUUUUUGGCUGAUUUAUUUUCGUUUUUUUUUUUACACGCCCUCUCUGUGUUGUACCGAUAUAAGUAUCUAAUGCCUACCUACCUAAUCUCAAUUUUUUUAACAUUCAUAUUAUUAAGUUUAGGAAUUUAAAUAAAUAUUAUUCAUAAUACGUUUUGGAUUAUUGCGGUCCGUGAAUUAACAUUAUGGAUUUUUGCGUUCCGGAAAUGUACAUUUCGAAGUAUUACUUUCUGGAAUUUUAACAUUUUGAAAAAUUAUGAAAUACCAUUACUAUUUAUUUUUAUACGUUUUUUUAAAUUAAAAUUUUAAUGAAUAUCGUUAAAAUCAUAAAAUUCAAAAGGAGUUUAAUUAAACUUCACCCAGAAUAUUACUUUGUUUGAAAUAACUUUUGUUGCAUCUAAUUAUGAACUUAAAAUUAAAAUUAUUGUACUUUAUAUUUUUAUUCAAUUGUCACCAAGCAUAAACAAAUAAGAUGCAUUUUUAAAUGUGCUUUUUAUUUUACGGGGAAUUAUUUAUACAUUUGACCUAAAGUGUUUGACAUUAUCAUAUUAACAUUAAAAUACAACUCUCUAAAAUUAUUUUAGUGAAAAUAAUUAUCUACUCAGAUACCUGUAUUCAUCUUCUAUAUUCUAGCAGUUAUUAAAAUACAAAUUUGAUCUCAUAUUUUGUAUUAGAUACCUACUAUUAAAUUGAUCUAGGUGGGUAGGUUUUAGUAUUGAUUAUAAUGCUUAAUAAUCGAAUGACAUAGCUUAAGCUCAAUUAGGGGGGGGGUGUUAAAAAUUGUAAUACAUCACGGGUAUAAAUACUGUUGUAUUUUAUUAUCUAUAGUUUAUAGUCGUAAUUAAAACAUUACCACUAAUGUCAAGAGAGGGAAGGGGAUCCAUCCAUUGCCAUUCCUCAGCUACGCCACUGUAAUAAUCACUGUUACUAGAUAGUAUAGUAUGAAAUAAAUUUAUAAAUCAUUCCUAAUUAAACAAAACAAAAAAUAAGUAUUAUUUAUUAAUAUUUGAAAUUAAUAAUUAUUUGUUUUCCACUUAUCAUUUGUAUGAAUAUUAAAAUCUAAUGAUUAGCUUCUAAGUAAUACUUUUAAUAUCUACUUUUCAAGAUUGCAAGAUUGCAAUAAAUGUGUUAAUCUUGCUAUUAGACCACUUCCCCAAAAUAUACAAAUAUUUUAUAAUUAAACUGAUCAUGAUUCAGAAAUACCAGUAUUAAAGUGCUGUAUUAUAGUACAUAAUAUAUUAUUCAAGUUUGAAAAAUAUUAUUUUCAGAAUUUACAUUUAAAAGAAGAAAUAGAAGUUUUACGAUUUAAUCAAGAGCAAUUAAUGGCUGAAAAUGAAAGGCUACGAGAACAACUCGCAGCUGAUUCAUCAAUACCUAAACCAGUAACAACAGUAUCGAGUAAACCAGUAACCACAGAAUCAAAUAUACCAGUAGCAAAUGACAGGAAUACGAUUAAAGGACCUGCAGUGUCCAUUAGACACCCUCUGCAGAAGGGAAAACGGAAUCGAAUAUCCUGUUUGAUGCUCUGCUAUCAGAUUCUAUUCCAAUUACUGAUCAUUCCAUCCUUCAUGAUCUGGAACUUCCAGGUGAUGACGAUAUGGAUUGGCUUGACAUCAACGUGUCACAACGUUUGGAAAAAAUUGCCGAUGAACUACUCGGCGAAGUGAGUAUAAUCCAUGACUUCAGAAUAAUUUUCAGUAUAAUUGAAUUAAUGUUAUAUUAUAUUUUAUUUUAUUCAGAGUUUCCUCAAUGAAUGUUGUCUUGAUGAAAUGGUGGGGGACACAUCAGAAAUCUUGGAAUCCUGCCAAAAUAUUGAUGAUUUACAUAAUGUAGUCAUAAAAGACGAUCCAAUGCUAAACACAGACACAGACACAGAAACAGUUAAGAUUCCUAAUCAAGAUACACAAUACUCAACACCGAACAUAGUUAAUGAAUCUAAAAUAGAAGAACAAACCGUAAAUGAAAAUGAUGCUUUGGAACGUUUUAUUAUAGUAGAGGAAGCCGUUGAAGAAGUAACAACAACUUAUGAUGAACAUAUACUAGAAAUAUGUCAGGAAGACGAAAUGGACACAGAACAGUAUGAAGAUUUUGGAUAUGAAUCGCUCAGUUCUCCCGAAUAUGAUUGCAGAACUCACUAUACACCACAUUUAUUAACAGAUUUACUUUCUUAA